UGGUCACACUUUUUUUUGUACGCUUUGUAUUGUGCAGGUACGUUAGUGCUGGAGUGGGCCUCCUUGUUUGAAAAUGUUGGUGAUGUUAGAUUCUUAGUUUCACAUCAAUUUGCAGGGCAGUUUUCCUUGCACACUGAUUUUCAUUUCUGGCCUGUUUACCAGAACUGUUUUUGAAACUGCAGUAUGGCAUCAGGCCUUGAAAGUUACGUAAAUCAUACUGUUUCUAUCAUAACAUCAGAUGGAAGAAAUUUUGUUGGGACACUGAAGGGUUUUGACCAGACAAUCAACCUAAUACUGGAUGAAAGCCAUGAGCGCGUAUACAGCACAAACCAAGGUGUGGAGCAAGUUGUGCUGGGGCUGCAUAUUAUUAGAGGAGAUAAUGUGAGUCUGCAGCAACCUUUGUUCUGGGAUAUGAUUGAGAAUCUGCAUGAACGAUAUGAACACUGUCUACAGCAAAGCGGUGCACACUUCGAAAACUUACGUUACCCAUACUGUGGUAAAUCAACAUGCCAAUGGUGUGUAUGUUAGUUUCUGUCAGGAGAAAUAAACUCACAGAUGACAACAAGGUAAUAUUGUUCAUCUUUUCACUUCAGUACUGUAUACUUUGGCACAUACUAU